UCGGCACAACCUAGAGGACAUGUGUGGUACUUAAUAUUUCCUAAGCGUGAAAAUACCGAUCCAUCGACGCUUUGUCAACGAAGCAGUUGCCUGUCAGCUCAGUGCUAGAACUGCUUGAAUGUAGGUUGGAACGGACCAUCUGCAUGGGCUAUAUCUCUCAUCAACCCAGCGGCAAGACAAGGAUCCAAUAAUGGUUUUAGUGCAUGUCGGAUAUCUGGUUCUUCCUGUAUUUGGCUCAGUAAGAAAUAGAGUUUCGAGGCUGGCUCUACAUUCUGCAUUUAUCAGAUCUUUGUCGUCCCUCCCAUUGUGUAGCUAAUGAUCAUCUGCUGCUGUGUGGUGUGGCGUGGCCUCUGCCUGUUCUCUGCAUUUAGCUGUAUUGAAUCCCUUCUUCAUUUCCUCUUUCCAUCAGAAGACGACAUUGGUGUAUAUAUAACAACAACAAAAAUGUAUCAUUCAACCAUAGAGUAUAUGUGGAAAAACUAAAACAAAUAGCUAACACCUAUAGAAUAACUUUUUGUCUUUGUCAAGUUGUUGUAGAGUUAACACAUUUUUAGCUCUUAAAGAGAAUCAAAUGUAUGUCAUUGUGUACCUCCCAUUCAGUCUUGAUUAUGACAACAGCCUACUGUAAAUCCCUGUAAAGUGGAUACAUUUUGCAUGGAUUCUAUUUCUGCAUUGCUUUACUGAACACCAGAAUUUGGCAAAUUUUCUUAUUUUUUUCCCCUAUGGAAAAUGUAUUGUACAAAGGUAGCUAAGUAAUAGUAUCUUUUGCUCCAAUUGGCAUUCUUUUUACAUGUUCAAUUACAUGUAAAGCUUAUGCAUUGUCACAUUUCAUUGAAUACGAUCACACACACAAUUAUAAUUAUCCUCGUGGUCAUCUGAGUGAUUUCAAAAUAGACAACACAUCAACAUUUUAUAAAUACGGGUACACUUCACCUCUUCCCAACAACCUGUCAUAACCGCCUCCAUUUGUGUAACCCUUUUGUUCUGAAAAUGUAAAUCUUUGAAACACUGAAUUAUCAGGCCUUUUGCUCACCUUUUGCUCAAAGCCAAAACCAAAUCGUAAUGCUAUAAGUGGUUGUUCACUUCCCAAUGAGCCUCCCCACUAACAAAAGUACAAAAUGCUAUCCAUUUCACAGGGAUGCUUAUCUCCUGCACUGCUACAGUAAAUCUUCUAGUAGAGUAAUAAGGUAUUUUAUUGUUUGGUUGUGGUCUCUCUUUACCUUUUUGUUCUGGUAAUGGUGCUUUCAAUGCAUGGUCACGUUAUGAUUCAUAUGAUUUUGUUUUUUUUACAUUGAAUAGUAAAUUCCAAUGUAAUCUUUCUGUAGUAAAGAUGUACCCUACCGUGCUGUAGCCAACCACAUCUGCUCAUUAGAUGCUGCUUCUGUUCUUAUUAACCCUAUAUGGAGCAUGGUGGGCCUUGCCUUCAGUCAAUGUUGUUUAUUUUUGUUGCAUGGUGUUUAUAUUAUCAUUAUUACAAAAACACAAAUUCCACAAACUAAUAUUUUUCAAUAAAGAAUAUAGUCUUUUUCCUAACCUUCAGUGUGCUUCUUGCUGAUUUCCAUUUAUUGUCUUUAGCCCUCCCCUCGUCCCUACCUGCCCCCUUCCACCCCACCCACCUCUCCCGCUGUGACAAAGAUAGACAAUUUCAAUGCUUUUAUCAUCACAAGGCCUGAAUGAGUCUAUCCCCUGUCAUUCAUGGUGAUUGUACCACUGAGACAAUUGAAAGUGCAGUGUGCCAUCGUUGAUCCUUGGAUCAAAUGCUUCUCUAUUAGGAUUUAACCAUUCUGAUUAGUGACUGGUUAGGAGCUGAAUGUGACAAAAAAUAACCCACCCCAUUCAGAUGUUUCUGGAAGAUUACAGACCCUUGACUAUUUUACAAGGCAUUUUGUAGCACUGCACCUUCAAGUCUACUCCAACUUAAUGACCCAAAUGCAAUGUAGACUUUGCCUUUUUCUCAAUUGUAGGGCUUUCACCUGUUUUCAUCUGAAUGUGUUAUCCACUCUACCACCAACACUUUAGCAUGUUCUUCAUGUUAGAAAAGGUGAAGGUGACUUUCACAAAGGCAAUACAUAGGUUCGUCCUACAAUGUUUGUGCUAGGCUGCGUAUAGCACAGGGUAUAGAUUCACUUUCCAUUUGUUUGAUGUUCUUUUUCCAGGACUUCUCUUGCUGCCCGAGUCCAAAAUGCAUUUUACCACAAUGGAAAACAUGUCACUGACUACGAAAUCUCGUCCUAUAAAUUGUGUUCUCCCCUUUCAAACAUAUUUUGUCAUAUUGCCAUCAAUGUCUCAAUGCAGCCUAGGCCACCUUCAUGCUAAUUGCAAUCCAUUCCUAUCAAUGUUAUUUCCAUUAGAAUUGUCAGCCCUAUAUAGUAUGGAGACAGUGUACUGUAACUGUGGUGCACUGUACUAGUCUCUGAUUCAACAGCAGCCUGUUUUCUUCAGCUGCUAGAUAGCUGUGGUUGGAAGAGGGGAAAAGUACUGUCAAGCUAUUUCCUCUGCACCAACGAAUCUACACAUGGGAAACGUUUGGGUAGCAGUGUGUGUCAGUGAGAGUAAGAUACAGGCCUAGGCAGUAUUUGAAUUGAUUUCUUGAAGGAGAUAGACAAAUAUGUUGUAGGCUUUAUGUAGCCUUGGCCUUGACUCGUGCUCAUAGAUAUUUCACAUCUUGGCAUUUGCUGUUAGAUAUUUCUGGGUAGUGAUGUAUAAACAGACACAUCAUUGAUGUUGUGCUGUAUAAUGUUACCCACAGUUCAACAAGGUGAAACCGUUAUCAGAAGAAAGACACACUCACAGCAAUGCUAUCACAUUGUUAAAAUCCUCAGUGAUUAUAUAGGAUGAACAGUUUGUGUCAUAAAAAAAUAAACAUCUUAGGAAUAGAUGUUCUGCCUUUUGUCCCACUGUGGAUCAAUGAUGUCAUUCAUCUGAAUGUCACACUAGAUCUUGAAGUUGGAGAACAUUUCUGGCAGAACUUCUAUCAAAGGGUUUCGAGGUCAUUCCGAUAUUUUACAGAACACUUCUGGCAGAACUUCUAUCAAAGGGUUUCGAGGUCAUUCUGAUAUUUUACAGAACACUUCUGGCAGAACUUCUAUCAAAGGGUUUCGAGGUCAUUCCGAUAUUUUACAGAACACUUCCUGCAGAACUUCUAUCAAAGGGUUUCGAGGUCAUUCUGAUAUUUUACAGAACACUUCUGGCAGAACUUCUAUCAAAGGGUUUCGAGGUCAUUCUGAUAUUUUACAGAACACUUCUGGCAGCACUUCUAUCAAAGGGUUUCGAGGUCAUUCCGAUAUUUUACAGAACACUUCUGGCAGCACUUCUAUCAAAGGGAUUCAAGGUCAUUCAGAUAUAUUACUGGUACCCCUAGAUAUUAAAACUAGAUUAAUUUGAAAAGCACUCUGUUACACGAUUUAAAUGCACAAUCCUGGGCACGCACAUUGCCGAAGAGUCAGAUGCCCAGAGGUGAGAAUCCAACCAGAAGGUCAGAUGUCACAUGAUGCCAUAAUAGACCGUGUUUGGAAGUAUUAACAUUUUCCAUGCAGGUUUGAAUGUGUUACUUCACCAUAUCUCCCUAUCCCCUGAUGUAAGUUUCACCAUAGGUAAGACUUAGGGCUUUUGUAAAGAUCCUCCUACAGAAACACAAUUACAUCACACAAACACACACUCCAUGUCACAUACACAAUAAAUUCUAACCUACCGUUUCUCUCUCUGGUGUCUGACUCCCUCUCAUUGUUUCCACAGGAUCCCACUUUAACCGGCAGCAGCAGCAGCAUAGCCAUGCUACCUCUUGUCGGCACUUCCAGCUAGGCCCCCAGGCCCAGUUGCCCAUUGACUUCCCAAUGCCCCACCCAGGUCAGCCCCAGUCGGGCAUCAACCCCCACCUGGCUCCCCCUGGCCACCAGCAUUCUCCCCAGCUCCACCCGCCCCUCAACCCCAUACCCCCCACACCCCAGUUCCAGGACCUUUCUGCCCCCCCUUUCCUACCUCAGGCCUUACACCAGCAGUACCUCCUCCAGCAGCAGAUCCUAGAGACCCAGCACCGGCGCAUCAUGCCACCUUCCAGCAGACACCAGCCCCACAGACUGCGGCCGGGUUACGAGUUUGCUCCCGCCCUCCACAUCUCCCCACAGCCUGCGGCCCAGCAGCCUCGCUACCUGGCUGAAGGCACAGACUGGGAUUUGAGUGUGGACGCGGGGCUCCCUCCUCCUCAGUACCACGUCCGCCCACUGCCCCAGCACUACCAUCACUACCUGACAUCUCCCAGGAUGCAUCACUUCCCCAGGAACAAUGCCUCCACCCAAGUGGUUGUCCAUGAGAUCAGAAACUACCCGUAUCCUCAGUUACACCUGCUGGCCCUGCAGGGCCUCAACCCCUCCCGCCACGCAUCCGCUGUGAGAGAGAGCUAUGAGGAGCUACUGCUGCUGGAGGACAGGUUGGGCAGUGUGAACCGGGGGGCUGUCCAGACAACUAUUGAAAGGUUUACCUACCCUCACAAAUACAAGAAGAGGAUACCUCAGGACCUUAAGCUAGGGCUGGUGGAUGAGGAAUUGGAUACAGAUGAGAAGUGUACCAUCUGUCUAUCAAUGCUGGAGGAUGGAGAGGAUGUCAGGAGAUUACCCUGCAUGCACCUCUUCCACCAGGCGUGUGUGGACCAGUGGCUGGCCACCAGUAGGAAAUGCCCCAUAUGCAGGGUGGACAUUGAGACCCAGCUGGCACCAGACAGCUGAUGCCUCCUUUCCCUGCCCCCAUCUUGUAAAACCCCACCUCAUCCCUAGGGGGAGCUCUGCCAAACAUCCCCCUUCCCAUCUGCAUCACAAAUGAGCCUGCCUUCUGAGCCAGCUGAAGAAGACAAUGAACGGGAGGGGAGGUGAGAGGGAUUAACAAAGCACACUGAUCCAAACAAUAGAGAAACAAAAGAGGCUGAUGGAUGGAUGGGUGGAUGGAUGAAGAAGAGAGGCAGAAGGGUGCCAGAAUGUAUGGACAGAUUUGCAGGGCCUCCAUCAGGGUUUUGCACCGUAGCAUUAGCUUCUCCAUACACUCAGAGAUGAGAUCCUCCAUUAAACCCCCUAGCGAGUGUGUGUGUUGUGUUGUUGGGUUUGUAUAUAGGCCUAUUCUCUACCGCUGAUGUGUACUGGUCUCACUCCCUCUUGAUGAAACCCAAAACACUGAGCUCUAGCUACAGCACAUCUGUGCGAAACAUGACAAGAUAUGAAAUCAGCAGGGGGGUGUUUCUUGAAAUGAGCUUCUGUGGCCUAAUACAUAUUGUGUUAUGGAGUGUAGUAUUCUUGUUAUUGAUCACCGGUAUUUAACAGGGUGACAGUGUGGUGUAGCAAGCAAAAAUCCCACUUUAAGAAAUAAGGUGGGGAAAAAAUACAAAAUGGGGAAAUGCUCUUCUUUAAAAGAGGGUAAUAGGCGUACAGGCAGCCUUUAGGCAAUGAGGAAGUGCUAGCUAUGUAUAAAGGCCAAUCAAUAGGUGGAUUUCCAGUACAAUAGAUCUCUGCUAUCACAGUGGAUGCUAGAGAUGCUAACCAGGCAUGGCUUCAGUGGUUUGUAUUGUGCUGUAUUGGGGCCUCUACCCUAGAACUGAGGCCCCAGAUAUGCAUGCUGUAUGGCAGGCUUGGGCUGUCUUGUGAUUGUGGAGCAGUAGGAAGUCUGCGCAGGAUGACGUUUAUUGUCAUGCGUCUUGUCCUGGAGGCAGAACUCGGCGAUUUCCUCUAGACGGAACAGCUGCAAAGUCAGAAUUGGCUAUAUUGUAAAAAUUCAUUAAAACAAUUUUAGGUUAGGGUUAGCAGUGUGGUUAGGUUUAAAAUCAGAUUAUAUGACUUUGUGGCUGUGCCAGCUAGUGACCACUCUGCAGAGCUGCCUCCAGAACAAGAUUCAUGACGGGGGGAAAAACUGAAAAGUCUGCAGUAUCUCUGCAUGUGAACCAUACAUGGUAUGACUCUCUCCCUCAUCCAUGGAGCAGGAUGAAGUUUCUCUUAGAUGCGGAUCUUAGGUCAGUGUUGUGUCUCCCCUCCUAAUAAUUAAGAUUAGAAUUGGUGGAAAGGAACGCUGAUUAUAGAACUGUGCCUAUGGGCAACUUCUGCUCACAUCCUCAUCCAUAGCACAAUCUUUAAGGCUGGCAUUGGCUGUAGGAUGCAGUGUCUGUGUAUUGUCUUUAGAGUGAAUACAAUGUAGUUAUUUUAUAAUAUACACUACCAUUUAAAGUUUGGAGUCACUUAGAAAUAUCCUUGUUUUUGAAAGAAAAGCAACCUUUUUUUGUCCAUUAAAAUAACAUAAAAUUGAUCAGAAAUACAGUGUAGACAUUGUUAAUGUUGUAAAUUACUAUUGUAGCUGGAAACGGCAGAUUUUUCAAAUGGAAUAUUUACACAGGCCCAUUAUCAGCAACUAUCACUCCUGUGUUCCAAUGGCACAUUGUGUUAGCUAAUCCAAGUUUGUAAUCGAACCCACAAAUGCUGAUGCUCCAGAUACUCAACUAGUUUAAAGAAGGCCAGUUUUAUUGCUUCUUUAAUCAGAGCAACAGUUUUCAGCUGUGCUAACAUAAUUGAAAAAGGGUUUUCUAAUGAUCAAUUAGCCUUUUAAAAUGCUAAACUUCGUUUAGUUAACACGACGUGCCAUUGGAACACAGGAGUGAUGGUUGCUGAUAAUGGGCCUCUGUACGCCUAUGUACGUAGAUAUUCCAUAAAAAAUCUGCCGUUUCCAGCUAUAAUAGUCAUUUACAACAUUAACAAUGUCUACACUGUAUUUCUGAUCAAUUUUAUGUUAUUUUAAUGGACAUUUUUUUCUCUUUUUUUCAAAAACAAGUACAUUUCUAAGUGACCCCAAACUUUUGAAUGAUAGUGUAUACCAGGACCUUAUUGCCUACAGAACAAGACCAUGUGAUUUAUACAGUACAUAGCAAACAACCUCCAUUGUGUUUCGCUUCCCUUCCUUUCAAUCUCAGUUGCUCCUGUUUUUUGAUACAAGAAUACAGCUGGUGUUCCAGGGAGAGAUCCAACUCGUAAGCCUUUGUUCUGUGUUCUGGAAUGUGUAAGAUGGUCCCCCAUGAUGGUAGUCGUAUGGUAUUGCUAGAGCAAAUGUAAACUGUUCAGUGAUGGAAGCUGUUUUCCCUAUAUCGUGCAUGAAUCAUGUUGGUGUAGUUCACUUGAAAGAGGGUUAAAGGGAGAAAAAGCCAUUUAUUUAAAAAUACCAAACAAUUAUUCUUAGUAUUUAGAUUUAUUUGAUUUGUUAUUAGUCCUUUCUUCAUUUCAGUUUUCUUUCUAUCAAUUUGUUUUGAGCACUCAUGCUAAUUUGGACAUUGGACCAAGUCCUUGUCCAUUUCUUACCAUUUUGAAGAAAUGGCUGCAAUGCUGCAGAAAACAUUUAUUGUUGCAAUAAUCUAGCUUGUUUUGUUAAUGCACUAUAUGGCGUGUCUGAAAUAGAUUUGGUGGUGUGGGGUCUCCUUGUACUAGCUUAGCUUGUGUUCGGUUACACGUAUCUUCAUGCUUCCUUGUGUACUUUUGGAGGUUGACUUGACUGUGUGUUGCGUUUUUUAUUUCCCUUUGUCCAAACCCCUCCAUCCCCAAAAAACUACAGACAGACAAGGAGGGUUGCUAUUUCACAUAGGAUGCUCUGAGUUGAAAUGCAUGAAGUAUUUCACAAUAAUUUGUGGUUGCAUAUUUAAUGUAUUUUCUCUCAUGAUUCCGUAAUUGAAUAAAUCUAUUUACCUAGAAAUAACACAAUGUUGGGGGAUACCUCAUUAUGCAUAGGUUGGUGGGGAUGCUUUGCAUGCAAGUUGUGUUUUUCAGAAGAAGAAUUGUCAUUUGGAAGGGUGACUAGGUGUAACGGGCUCUGUCUAUAGCCAACGUGGUGCUGUUGAUCUUCAUUCCAUUCCAUUCAAUUUAGAAGAUUCCCACACUCUGCUUUAAUCUAGUGAACAGACUGACCAGGUGCAAAUGUUUCAGCAUGUAAACCUCCGUCAUUGCACUCCUAGCAUGGCUAAACCCCUCACUGGCAUAGAGGAAAUAUGAUACUUUUGUUUUUCAUAUUUAUCCCGGAUCAUUACCAGUUUCACAGUUUGUUUGACCUCGUUUGUAUAUGUCACCAUAUUAUAUCUGGAUAUUCGGUGUCUCCAUUCAGAGCAUACGUUUCUCUGUCCAGCUAUGUUAACUCUUCCCAUAUGAAUUAAUAACUGCAUUAUUAGGUACUUUGUAUUGCUGGCAAAUGCUGUGUUUGUGUGGUUAGGUUAGGAAGGUGGCUAACAUGAUAAACUUGAGCUAUUGAUCUUGUGUUUUUCUGGUGUGAUACUCUAGGUCACAGGUGUCAAACUCAUUCCACGGGGGGCUGUUUUCGCUCCUCCCUUAUACUUGAUUGAUGAAUUAACAUCACUAAUUAGUUAGGAACUCCCCACACCUGGUUGUCUAGGGCUUUAUUGAAAGGAAAAAACAAAAACCUGCAGACACUAGGCCCUCCGUGGAAUGAGUUUGACACCCCUGCUCUAGGUAGUAGUUUUACACCUGGGUAUAAUAAGCCAACCACCUGCUUUUAUGUGAGCUUUUUCUUAAUAAUAACAAUGUAUUCAUCUUACAUAUAUCUCAUUGGAAUGAAGCUGACUGGUCUUAUUUUAAUUUUUCCUGCUGUCACUGACCUUACCCCAUGUUUACUUCCUGGUCAGGUCACAUGGUCAGGAAAAAACUCCUGGCCUUAUGGUUGUCUCUAGUUACCACAGCCACAAAGUCAAAAUUGGCUAUAUCAUAAAAAUGUAUGAAAACAAAAAUUAUAUUUUUGGUAUUCGUUUAAGGUUUGGCAUAAGGUUAGCAGUGUGGACCGGGUAAAGUUUAGAAUUACAUUUUAAAAGAUAAAUUGUAGAAACAGGAAAAGUGUCUGCGCACUUCGUCAGAUGCAAAUGUAUUUUAAUUUUAGCUGAGCUUUUGGUCAGUCGACCAUCAUCAGAAUAUGAGAAAUUGUAGAAGUAGACAGAGUUUUUAUGACUUUGGAUGUGGUAAAUAGUGACAACCUGGCCUUACCUUUGUCCUCUGCAGACCGUAUACUGGGUUGUUACUGCAGAGGAAAACUGUAUAGUAUAAUAACUCAAGCUGGUGAAGGGGAAUGAACAGUAGAAUCCUAAAGCACAAGCUUUCUAAUGCAUGUCCUCCUCAGGUUUUCAUAUGUGCACAUGGGUGAAGCUGUAGACGUGUUUAAUAUGAGGCUGUACCUUCUUGAAUAUGACAUGUGUUUCUUUGCUGCUGAUAAACUGUUGUUUAAACUAACCUGCCAGUGAUUAAAGGGAAGUGGCCAUCUUUGUACAACACACUGCUGUUUUGCUGUAACUGCGCAAUGUUUUAUGAGCUGGAGUAUUUUAUAGACACUAGAAGUAUUUACCAAUAAUAUGAAAAGCAAUAGCUACAUUAUAAUGAAGAAUAACAUGGAUCACUGAAUGUUGAGGAAAAUCUUUAGGUUCACUUUUGAUGGAUUUUGUACUGUAUUUAUUACUAAUGAGGAUGCAAAAAGUUGCAUAGCUUAACCCAAACUGUUCUGUCUCCUGUUUUAUUUAUUGUCUGAUUGUAUAUGAUCUUUUUCUAUGUGUUUUUCAAAUAAACUCCCUAAAAUGCUGAAAAGACCUGU